GUUUUUAGCCCACAGCAUUGUAUUACAGGUUAAGCGCUUCUUAUCGGAUCACAACAAAUUAACCAAGGGAUAAGACCGCCAGCGCGCCACGCACCCCCGCCCCUCCCUUCUUGAUGCUUUCUGCUAAAACAUUCAGUGUUUCUACGGGACAAGACUCAACUGUGACUGACUGAGAAGCUUCAUUUUGCUUCCAGCAAUGUCAAGUUGCUCAACUAUCCACUUAACUUUACCGCAUUGUGACGGGGGCUCACUGAAGAUCCGCUUUAUUCACCUGGUGGAUCUGACGUCAUUCAGGCUGACAGAGUGUCCCAACAAGAGUCCAGUGGUUCCUCUCUAUUUAGGAGCUGAUCUCCUCUCCAACACGGACAUCCGCACAGAGAACCAUCCCAGAUACCACGCCAAGUUUGCCAAGAAGGGAUUCGCAACAAAGAUACAUUUUUCCUCAGCAUUCAGGUUCCAUGGGUUGAAGGUACCUACUUCAAAUAACAGCCUCUGGUUCUACAGCGUCCAAGGUCUGUUUCGAGUAGCCUUUGAGAUGUACAAUAAGCAAGAGCAGCUUGCUGUGUUAGAGAACUUCCAGGAUGUUUGGAAAUCGCAGAUAAAUGACAGCCCUCUGAAAAUUAGUUACAGCCUCAGUGUGCAGCUCGACUUUGCACCAUCCAGCAGCCUACAGGAUACAGAUUCAAGGAAGGAAAUGUCACAACCUCAGCUUUGCCAGGUUGGCAGUGACACAGGUGAUGCAUCAGCAGAUCAUGACUAUUGUUCUUUUCCCAAGCAGAGCUUGCAAACUGAGCAAAGCCGACAAGUGGUAUCCUCAGUGAGACAGAAGUUGCACAGCUUGGAUGACAAACUCUCCUCUGAGACUCAAAGCUACACAGAACAGCUGGAGACCGUCUUGCUGCUUUUGGAGAACAUUGAUCGGUAUAUAAAUGGGAAUCUAGAAGAAAAGGAUGUGACAGAAACUGUGUUAACCCUGCUAAAGGCCAAAGACUGGGGCUGUGUGUAUUCAAGCUCCCUGCUUUGUGGUAUAGGACGUUGGCUAGGCCAACAGUUUCAUGCGGCCAACAGCAGCAUCAGCCAGAAAGUGGAGGGCUUUAAAGUUCAGCAUAUUGAACAAAUUAGUGACUUGCCACCUGCUGAGGAACUUGCCACAGAGCUGUUCCCAGAAGCCAUGCAAACACUGCUGCUGCAUUGGAUGGGCUUAAGUGAGGAGUCCACUGUGGAGAAGAGACACAGUGAGUACCCAAUCCUGCUCCUCAUCCUAGAGUUUGCCAACCACAACCUCAUCACUGGUGUGGCUCAUGUCCUGUACUCCAGUCUUAUAUGCAAAUAGGAGUGGAUUUCCAUUUAGGCAUCAACACAAAUACCGGCAAUUUAACUUAAUCAUUUCCAGUAUUAAAAUGCUUGUAUAUUUGUAUGUGAAGUUGUCCUUUCUUGCUUUGGGCAGUCUAGUUUUUGCUGCACAUACAUAUUAUCAGUUUUGGUAACAACUAGAGCUGGGUGACAAUUCAGUAUUGUUUGAUGACUUUCAGUGGAAUCCGAAUACCAUGACAUCAUUUUUGUUGUUUUAGAAAAUUAUUAAUGAUUCCAAGCAAAACAAGCAACAUUUUCUUUCUCUUUUCUUUCUUUGUAAUGGACAGUUCUUAAACACACAGUUCAUUUAACUUGACAUCAACUUGAUUCAUUUGAUUUUGCCUUCGUUAUAUUGCUAUAUAAAAUGAUUUUGGAAAAAA